AUGAAGCGAGGAGCGAAAGGAAUCGGAUCUGUAGCGAAGCGCAGGCGAGAAGAAGAGCGGAAGGAGGUCGAAAAUGCAUCUUUCUUCGAUCAGAACAUGUUUUCCGCUGAGAGUGUUCAGAAAUUUCAAAAGGAAUACACGGAAUGUAAGCCAUUCAAGCACAUUCUGAUUCAGAAUGUUUGCAACCCCGAGACUCUCAAGGGUGCGCUCGACCAGGCCCUUGAGAACAUGAAGGCUGACCUUAGAGAAAGCGAUUGCUUCAAAGUUUACCAGACCAAAAACUUUCAGGACGUGGAUGAUAACGAGCUACAAACGAUCAAGAAGAUUAUGGCCUUGAAGCAAACGAUAUACGGUGAGGAGUUUCUCCGAUCUGUUCAGGAGAUCACUGGUUCAGCAGCACUGUCGGACAAGGUGGAUUUCUCGGCGUACAUCUUGAACGAGGGUUGCCACAUUCUCCCAAACAAUGAGAUGUGGCUGACUGGCUCCAGAGCGAUCGGCUUCCUUCUGUUCAUGACGCCCGAGUCAGAGGAGUGGGGGGAGUCGGACGGGGGGUUUCUCGAGCUCUAUCCUCAGAGCGAGCAAGGAGGAGCUGAUUGUAUCCCCACCAAGUUGAUCGCCCCGAAAUGGAACUCUAUGCUUCUCUUCGAAGCUGGGCAUUUCUUCGGAUUCCAGGAGGUGUGUGUUCCAGACAAGACAUUGCUCUGCCUGGCAGGAUGGUUCCACAGAUCUUCUGAUAGCCAAGACGGGAGGAAAGAAGCUCCUCCAGGCACGGAAGAUGCUCUAGUGGGAGCUGGAGAAUUCUUGAAGCAUUCGAGUGACUCAAAGAUCAACGAGGAGGAGAAGGAAUUUCUGUCUCAAUACGUCAACCCCAAGUACCUGGAUGAAGAAGUGAUCUCGCAGAUCAGCUCACAGUUUGAAGAAGAUUCGUUUGUUGAGCUGAAGGAUUUCCUCGUAGCAAACGAGCUGAAGGCAAUCAAGCACGUGAAAUACCUGUUUCAAUUGGAUAACAGUAUAGACAAGGAAAACAAGCGCGUGAGCUAUACUGAGGGGGCAGAUGAGUCAGCAAAGCUUCUCAUGGACCUGAAGAUGAAACUCUUCGCUUCUGAUGCCUUCGCCAAGCUCGUUUCUGCUUUCACUGGAUCAACAGGAGUCCGGCGAAAGCAGCAAAACAACGGCAGCUCUGCAGUCGCAAGUGAAGACAGAGAGAUGUGUCAGAGCAAGUCAGACAUGUGGCAAAGCUCGUUGAUCGGAGGAUAUGCUAGCUUCGUCGCCAAGGAUGAUUACAAGCCCUACAUCAUUUAUGAAGGAGGAGCAUCGCAAAAGGGAGAAAGCAAGAGCGAAGAAGAGCAGGACGAUGAGCCCUUCGCUCAGGCGACUGCUUGCAACAACAGCUUGUUCAUCGCUCUCAGAGAUGAGGGAGUCUCUAAUUUCGUCAAGUUUGUCAGCGGACUUGCCCCUGGCAGUCGUUUCGAUGUGACAUAUGAAGCAAAGAUGAGAUAUCACGACGAGUGA